UGGAAGAAGACAGGCCAGUCACGUGACACAUUUGUCUUCGGCUUGUUAACUGUUAGCAUUACCAGACGAGCGCCCAUCUUUCGGCAGCGGGUAGCGCACAUUUCCCCACCGUUCACGUCCUGGUUCGGUUCCACCAACAACAUGUCGGGAGUGCAGCGGAUGAAAGUGGCGAACGAGCGGCACAGCAAGACAAUCACACAGCGGGGACACGUCCAGAAAACAUCGCGGCCCGUCAACGAGGAGAAGUCUCCGGUGGGUCCGUGGCUGCUGGCGCUCUUCGUCUUUGUGGUUUGUGGAUCAGCAAUCUUCCAGAUCAUCCAGAGUAUCAGACAAGGCAUGUGAUGACAUUUAACAUCUGGAGCUGAGGAAGAAUUGGACCCUUGACUUUGAUACACAUGCCUGGGGAGCAACCCAGUUGUUCAGUUAUUUUUGCUUUGCUAUUGUAUUGACCAGAUAUUGAUUAGUGUCAUGAAUUUCUUUCUGAUCAAACGUGUGACAGGCUUCACCUAAACCUGUUAGUUACUGUUUUUUUUAGUCAACACGAUGCAUAUCAAGUUGACAGGCUGUGUCGUUCACUACAUUUUCCAUAUAUUGCAAUGAAAACCAUGACCCAUUUGCAAUGCUUUGCUUUGUUGAUGUCCAAAGCUGAAGAGCCGCAGCUUUUAUAUGAAAUAAAGCAGAUAUUUUUCUCUA